AUGAGUGUCGCGCCGACCGGGCGGCCGCAUAGCUAUGAAGUUCACUGCAGUAAGUAUCCGGACGGUGGCGGGAAUAGUGCAGUGCGUGAUAGUGAAGGCUCAAGUGUUAAGGAACUGUGUGGGUUCUCUAAAAUGCCUCGUGUAUUUCAGAUCGCGUCGGUGUUGUGCGCCUGCCUGUGGUUGGCGUCCGGUGACGUCAUCCACCUGAAGUCCGCGAAGGCUAGGCUGGUCGGCAGCCUAGUGCACAAGGCGAAACAUCACAAGCGUGGCAUACUCUCCGCGGUGCCUCCGUUCAAGCUGGGCCACGACAUCCCACUGGUGACCCAUUCAGUCGUGAAACCGCUGGUGGUGACCUACCCCCCCACGGCAGCGGUCGCCACCGUCAAAGUGCCGCUUACCAACCCUUUGGUCCCGCGUUACCCGGUGCCUGUGGGACAUAGAGUGCCCGUCCCGCAUCCCCACUAUGGGCUCAAGUUCCCGCACUCCACAAAGUCAGUAGUGUUGUCGCAGCCGGACCACCAUUUCCACCACCACCAUCAUCACGUGUCUCCGAGGCCAGUGGCGCCGAUAGUCCCCGUUGCACCCGCUCCCGCACCGGUCCCCGCUCCCGCCCCACUUCCAGUGCCCGCGCCAGCGCCAGUGCCAACAGCUCCGCUCGUUCCCGUAGCGCAGCCAACGGCACCUGCACCAUUGCAACCUGUUCUUUUCCACUCCGCACCCGCUCUCCCUGCACCGCCUGUGCCCGUUGCGCCUCCGCCUCUACAAAUUCUGCAACCGCAUCACUUGCACUUUAAGCCUUUGUUACCCGCAGCUGUGCCCGUUCAACCGGCUUCAGUACUCCCCGCACCACUGUUCCAAUAUGCGCAACAAUUUCCCUAUGUUUUACGCCAUGGCGGUGCUGUGCAGACAUCUGUAUUUGCCACCUACCCUAGGUAUCCAUUGCUCAACUAUCAGUCUCCACUUUUACCUAUAGCUCCAUUGGCCCCGGGCGUCCAAGGUGCUGGGCAAGUUCUACUUAAGAGACCACAAGUCCUAUUGCAAAGACCUCAAGUUCUAUUGGAGAGGCCGCAAGUACCACAGUUUCAUCUAGUGCCACAAGCUGGAGUUCAGAGUGGUGUCGUAGAGCAUGGGCACACUAACGUGGCCGUGGAGCCGACGCCAGCUUUGUUGCAUCCCCAAGCGGCUUUGCCGACACCCACCUUACAUCUACAGCCAGCAGCUAUUCCGCAACCGACAGUACAUCUCCAGCCAACGCAGCCAUCGGCUACUUUGGAUCACGACGGUUGGUCCCCAGUCACGGCACAGCCUCAUGACCUCACUCCAGCUCACAAUCCGGAAGCCCAUUACCCUCAGCCUCAACCACACCACCACUUUACUCAGGAACAAGGUACCCAAGUUUUCGAACAUCACACGGGAGAGGGAAACUACAAUGACUUACACCAUCAGUUGCAGCACCACAUUCAGCAGCAGAUCGAGCAGGCGCAAUAUGAACAGCAUUUGAAUAAUCAGCAUCAUCAAUAUGUCACACCCCAGCAACCGGGACAAGAGUACGGUAUACCCAAUCGCGAUUUUUCACAGCAAAACCACGAUUUCGCCUAUCACGGCCAAGAAUAUGCCCCUCACGAUCAGCAGUACAUUCCAAACGAUCAACAGUAUGUAAACACUCAAGAUUUUGGACAGCACGACCAGCAAUAUGUUCCACAGGAUCAACAGUUUCCUCAGCAGGACCAACAGUUUGCCCAGCAUGAUCAGCAGUUCGCGCAACACGAUCAGCAAUUCGGACAACACGACCAACAGUUCGCCCAACACGACCAACAGUUCGCUCAACACGAUCAACAGUUCGCCCAACACGAUCAGCAGUUUCCCCAACAGGAACAACAGUUCGCCCAACACGAUCAGCAGUUCGGCCAACAUGGCCAGGGAUACGAUUUAUCCCACCAACCGGGUCAGGAGUACGGUCUGCCUCAGCAGGGACCGGAGGGACGCAACGAUGAUGGUCAGGAAUCGGAUCAGCAGUAUCACAAUCACAUCCCCCUCGGACUGCAGCCGCCUAUAAACGAACCUUUGGAACAUUUCCGG